UGAAAACAAAUUUUCAUUUAAUAAGAGAAGCAAGAGAACAAAGUAAAUUAGCUGGAUACUUGAGAUCAGAUAAUGAAACAAGAAAUGUUGGAAGAGCUAUUAGAACAACAAAAAUAUCUGACUGGAUAACUAGUGAUGGAGAUGAAACUCGUGAUAUGGUUGAAUCAAUAUCACAAUUAAUAACAGUCCAUUCAUCAUUGUGUGACACGAAUAUAUUGAUAAACAAAGCAUUUGGUUUACCAAUUCUUGUUGUUGCAAUAACUUGUCUCCUUCUUUUGAUAAUAACACCAUAUUUUUUAAUGAUGGAAGCAAAUUCAGAUCGUGAAAUGCUUUUUAUAAGUGUACAAUUACUUUGGUGUGCUCUUCAUGUAUUUAGAAUAUUAAUGGUUGUUCAACCAUGCUAUGCAACAACAACAAAUUCAAAAAAAACAGCAAUUCUUGUUAGUCAAUUAUUAAGUACAACAUGGGAUUCAGAAAUUUGUGAACAACUUGAAUAUUUUUCACUUCAAUUAAUACACAGACCAUUAGAUAUUUCUGCUUGUGGAUUAUUUUCAUUGGAUCGUGGAUUAGUUACAUCUGUAAGUUUAUAUGGCUGGUGCUUGUUAUUUUAA